GAGGAGGGCAGAGGUGGGAGCGAAAAUAUCCGAAGAGAGAGCUCGCGGAAAUGGCGGCGAUGGUGGGGGCGCCGCUCGCCGUGGCCGCGGCCGCCGCCGCGCCAGGGGCGCGAGUGUUCCUGGCACGGCCGCUCCUCCGCCGCUCGCCGCGGGGCGUCGCCUGCGCCCUUCGCCGGAGGCCCUCCAAGUACAAGAAUAAAAUCCAGAAUGAGGAGGUUGUAGUAGAGGAUGAUAUUGGCGGUGGUGGUGAAGACGAUGACGACGCGCUGGAAGCACUUUUUAAGCAGUUGGAAGAAGAUCUCAAGAAUGAUGAUUUGUCUGUUGAGGAUGAUGACGAUGGAAUUUCAGAAGAAGAUAUGGCAAGAUUUGAGCAGGAGUUGGCAGAGGCAAUCGGGGAUAUUGCUGAUGCUGAUGAAUCUGGAGAGGGUUCGUCAUUAGGCUCUGAGGCUUAUGGGAAUGAUGAAAAAACGGAUGAAAUCAAACGGCCAGAGCUGAAAAACUGGCAACUUAAGAGGCUGGCUCGUGCUCUCAAAAUAGGUCGCCGUAAAACUAGUAUAAAGAAUCUUGCAGGGGAACUAGGCCUGGAUAGGACUUUGGUCAUUGAAUUGCUCCGAAAUCCACCUCCAAAACUUCUAUUCAUGUCUGAUUCUUUGCCUGAUGAAGACCCUUCUAAACCUGAAAUCAAGGAAAUAGAGCCCUCUCCAGUAGUUGAUAACGCUGAUGUCACUGAAACCAAGCCACAGACGGAACUUCCUGUUCAUGUCAUGUGCGCAGAAUGGUCUUCACAGAAAAGAUUAAAAAAGGUGCAACUGGAGACAUUAGAAAGAGUCUACUCCCGAACCAAACGCCCUACAAAUACAAUGAUCAGCAGCAUAGUUCAAGUGACAAGCCUUCCACGGAAGACCAUUGUUAAGUGGUUUGAGGAUAGAAGGGAACAGGAUGGGGUACCUGACCAUCGAGUUGCAUUCAAGAGAUCCCUAUCUGAGACCAUAGCUAGUUGAUAAUUACUUCAAAUUAGCAUGUAUGAUGGUUUCCUCUUUGAACUAUUUGCAAAUUCUAAAUUUGAAUUUUUGAAGUAGAAGAAUUUCUGCAAGCCCAAUAUGGAGUAUGUUUUAUAUUAGUACUCCCAUAUCAACCAAUGUGACAGGUACAACUCUUAAUUGCCACUUUGAUAAUUUUAUUUGUUGCACUCUGGACCACCAUUUUGACUAUUAGCUUCAGUGAAAGUCGGCUUGGGUUCUGUUGACCA